AUGACCUCGCCUGAAGCGAUUUGCAAAGGCUUCUGCAAGGCAUCGUUCCAUUUCAAAUGCGUUCAUCUAUCGGAGUCGUUCUACAAAGAAAUUUGUGGAAACCCUGCUUCCUUCUGGUUUUGCAGAGGAUGUUGCGAAAUCAUGAAGAGCGCUCGUUUCAAGAAUGCUUUGAUUUCGUCGAAUGCAGCUUCUUUGGAGCUAAGGGACGCCUAUCAACAGGUGGUUGAGGAUUUGAAAGCUGAGAUCAAAACAAGCCUGUUGGCUGAGUUGAAACAAGAGAUCCAAGGGGGUUUCAACAAGUUGUCUCCUGCUGUCCUGUCACCUGUUCCCCGACGUUUUCAGUUCAGGGAUCGAGCCACGCCAAAGCGAUCUCGUGAUGAAGAAACUUCGCUUCCGAUGGAGCAACCAUCGAAAAUCUUCUGCGGUACUGGCCAAUCGGUUGGUAACAUAUCAGUUGAACCUGCUGCUAACGCCAACGACAACUUCUGGGUGUAUUUGACUAGAAUAUCACCCGAAGUCUCAGAAACCGAUGUCCAAAAUUUGGCCAGGGAACGCUUACAGAUCGAUAACGUCGUUGUCAAAUCGCUGGUUCCAAGAGGAAAACCGCUCUCGACUCUAUCUUUUGUAUCCUUCAAGGUCGGAGUGCAUAAGGAUCUGAAAUCGAAGGCAAUGGAUCCGGCAACAUGGCCCCAAGGAAUACAAUUCCGUGAGUUUGUUGACCAUGACGCCAAUGCUCGGAAUUUUUGGAAACCAAUCCAACGCUUAGACCCAGGAGCAACGUCCGAAUCGCAGCCAACGUCCCAAUCUCAGCCAACGUCCCAAUCGCAGCCAACGUCCCAAUCUCAGCAAUCGUUCCAAACUCAGCCAACGUCCCAAUCUCGGCCGCCGGUCACUCUUCAACUAUCGACACAAUGA